ACAACAUACAAAAGAUUCAAAGGAUAUACAGUUAAAACACUGAGUUGCUUUACAUGAAAGAACAUAGCGCGGUCCGUGAAACGUGUAUAUAUGAUGUGAUUUUUCAUCUAAGUGUAUCAUUUUUGAUCUGCCGUUGAUGCUGUUGCAUUACCACUGUUUUUGAUUACAUACCAACGAUCGUGUGAUAGAUAUCCGUUUGAAUUUGAAAGUGUGUGACUAGUGUUUUGAUUACCGUUAAUCGUCGUGUUAAGUACCCUUGUGGUGCUUGUGGCAAACGUUGCAAGUCUGAAACGGUGUGUUGUGGCAAUUGCAACCAAUGGCAUCAUAAAAACUGCGAAGUGUUGUCUGACACGCAUUUCUCCACCUUGGAGAAACCUCCUCCAGGAUAUUUGUGCCGGCAGUGCUGUGUAGAGCCGUUCGACUGCAAUGCUUCGUUGAACAGACUUCGUAAUGCUGUGAAAGGAGGAAACUUGAAAGAUUCUAUUGCGUUGGAGCGGAUCCGAAUGAGGAGUAUGGAGUUGCCCAUUGAAACUUUGGUUGCACAUGGACAAUGUAGGCCAGACAGCAUGGCAGAGAACAUCUUGCUGAAGUUUGAACAGAACCCUAAAUAUCUUCCUGUGUCUGUGAGCGGAGAUGGGAACUGCUUUUUUAACUCACUCUCCGUCGCAAUGUAUGGAAGCGAAUCUAAAGCAACCGAAAUAAGAUUACUGACAGCACUAGAAAUGUUGGAGAACCAGUUGUAUUAUGAACACAUACAUGCUGGCUCAAGGAUUAGUCAUGUGUCGCCCGACUUCGAGAUUUCAUGCAAGGACUGUCUAAGAGAAGGUGGAUUUUCCUCUGCAUGGACAAUGCAUGCGGCUGCAUCUGUGCUGGAAAGGCCGAUUAUAUCAAUCUACCCACCGCUUAACGGACUUGUUGACAAUUGUUUCGUAAUUCUAAAUAAACACUUUACACCCAGGACAUCUUCUACCAAACGGCCAAUACGUAUAAUGUGGACGGUCUUUGGAUCAUCUGGGUCAACGGGCACAUGGACACCAAACCAUUUCGUCCCCCUGUUACCGGUCAGGAUCGCCGGGCCAGUGACAAUCACCAUUGAAAGUAGCCCUGAACCAGAGCUUCCAGAACUUGGACGUGCUAAAUCAACACCACAUCAGAAAACUCGCCGAGUAGAAAAGUCUCCAAAUGUUUCUAAGACUUGUGAAGAAAAGGACGACAUUUUCUCUUCAUUGGAGAAUACAAAACUAUCACCAAUUAACCCAAAGCAAUCGAAAUAUUCAUCUACACACAAUCAGUUGCCUGAACAAGACUUGUCCCCGUUGAAUGAGCUGUCUAAAGAGUAUUCUUCUGUGCAAAUGAUUAGGGCGAUGAAUGGGCCUGGUCGAUUUAUGAACCCAGAAGAAGUUUUGAAUACGAUGAUGGAAUUAUCUCCCAGUGGUUGCAACGUGCCCGAUGGACUUAAGGAAAAUGUAUAUUUCUUGUUGAAAAUCAAAGUAAUGUGUUACGUCGCCAACAAGGCAAAUAUGCCAUGUACGUCGAUGAUUGUGGUGCCUUGGCACAAGGUGCGUCGGCAAAGGUUCAUACAUAUGUCAUGAAAGGUGAAAACAACUUAUAUUACGUUGAUGUUGUGAAUGGACAAUAUUGUAUCUGCAAGAACCGUAAGCGUGUGCCACUUGAUCCUCAGCCAAGUGAUGAUAAAAUUUUGGUAUUUCGAAAGUACUAUGUAUCACUGAAAGCAGACAAAUCGUUCAAGAAACGGAUUUCAACUGUCAUCAAAUGUCCCGAAUCAAUACCUACAAAUAUGAAAAAUCUUGCAGUCGUAGAGUAUAUAGGUGUAUACCCUACCGAACCACAACCUCAUGGAAAUGGAAAGCACACGAACACUGACUAUAUAAGGACCGCCACAGCCGUUACCGAGAAAGUGAAAAAUAUGGUGAAAACUCAAACACCUCGGGAAGUUUACCAGGAACUAGUUUUAAAUGGAUCAAGUACGGCACCCAGAGAUUUAAAACAAAUACAAAAUGCAAAACAUUUACAAACCAGAAAAUCUCAGCCAGAUCAGCAAAGUCGAAAGAACAUAGCAGAUGAUAUUAUAAAUGUGCUAAAUGACUUCCACCACAAUCCAAGAAUUUAUUCAAGAAGUUGUUCAAACAAAAGGAAAGCCUCCCUAUAUAAUUAUUUAUUAUGAAGAACAAUUAAAGGACAUAAUUCAAUUCUGUUCCUCAAAUGCAACACACCCAAGUGUUUUGGGAAUUGACAGGACAUUUAACCUUGGCGCAUGCUAUGUUACGACAACAGUCUAUCACAACACAAAUUUAAUGCGAAAAGAGUCGGCAAUGCACCCGAUCAUGUUGGGACCGGUAUUUCUUCAUUGGGAUGGUGUCUUUACGACCUAUCACCGGUUUUUAUCCCAUCUACAAUGUAAAUUGGAGGACUCAAUUGUAGGCUCACAAAUGAGUGGAAUGAAUCUUGUCUUUGGUUCGGAUGAAGAGAAGGCCCUAACAAAGGCAGUAAAAAGUGUUUUCCCUUCAUUAGAUUUAGUUUUAUGCAUGCAGCACAUAUCAAAGAAUGUGAGUCAUCACCUAAUUAAGAUUGGUGUGGAAAUCAGCGAAAGAAGAAAAAUAAUGGAUACGGUAUUUGGCGCAACAGGACUUAUGGCAUGCAAAGAGGAAUAUGAAUAUUUAAAAAAAGCCAUGGAGUUGCAUGAAAAAUAUGUAAAUGAGGUACCAACAUUUGCAAAUUAUUUUAGGAAUUUAACAGAUAAAUUGUUGGAAAAUGUUGUCAAAUCUCGUAAUAAAAACAAAUGGAUUCCGUUAGAUUGGAAGAAUAACUCAUAUGAAAGCUUAAAUAAUAUCCUGAAAUUAGCAGUGAAUUGGAAAACCCUGAAACUGCCGGACUUAAUUAAUAGAAUUAAUAAUAUUGUUAAAUUACAGCUCUGUGAUAUCCGUAGAGCAAUACAUGAAACAGGCAAUUUUAAACUUGCACCAUGGAUGGCAAAGUUUGCAGUAAAACAUGUAAAUUGGGUGAAGAAAAGUGAGGCUGAAAAAGAAAAUGUAUAUCGUAACUUUAUGAAAGGUCCCAAAAAACUAAACAGUCACAUUUGCUCAACGGACGGUGGACGGUGGAAAAAUGCAAAAACUCAAAAAGUACGAUUUUAAAUAUAUGCAAAUUAUUUAUAGGAAAAAAAAUCGCCGUACUUCUACCGGCGACGACAUAUAGAUUUAUGAAUUAUGUUGUAUCAAGUAUUUAAUAAAUGAUAUUUGCAGAAGAAAUUUGACACUUGUUGA